AUGAACGGGACAGAAGGCCAAGACUUCUACGUGCCCAUGUCCAACAAGACCGGGGUGGUGCGGAGCCCCUUCGAGUACCCCCAGUACUACCUGGCUGAGCCCUGGAAGUUCUCGGCGCUGGCUGCCUACAUGUUCAUGCUGAUCCUGCUCGGCUUCCCCGUCAACUUCCUCACGCUGUAUGUCACCAUCCAGCACAAGAAGCUCCGGACACCUCUAAACUACAUCCUCCUGAACCUGGCGGUCGCCGACCUCUUCAUGGUCUUUGGAGGCUUCACGACCACCAUGUACACUUCGAUGAAUGGGUACUUUGUCUUUGGAGUAACAGGGUGCUACAUCGAAGGCUUCUUUGCUACACUGGGUGGUGAAAUUGCGCUCUGGUCACUGGUCGUGCUGGCUGUCGAGCGGUACGUAGUGGUCUGCAAGCCCAUGAGCAACUUCCGCUUCGGGGAGAACCACGCCAUCAUGGGGGUUGCCUUCUCCUGGAUCAUGGCCUUGGCGUGCGCGGCUCCCCCGCUCUUCGGCUGGUCACGGUACAUCCCUGAGGGCAUGCAGUGCUCGUGCGGGAUCGACUACUACACGCUGAAGCCAGAGAUCAACAACGAAUCGUUCGUCAUCUACAUGUUUGUGGUUCACUUCAUGAUCCCGCUGACGGUCAUAUUCUUCUGCUACGGGAACCUGGUUUGCACCGUGAAGGAGGCUGCCGCCCAGCAGCAGGAGUCUGCCACCACCCAGAAGGCAGAGAAGGAAGUGACCCGCAUGGUCAUCAUCAUGGUCAUUGCCUUCCUCAUCUGCUGGGUCCCCUACGCCAGCGUCGCUUUCUACAUCUUCACCAACCAGGGGUCAGACUUCGGGCCCAUCUUCAUGACCAUCCCGGCAUUCUUUGCCAAGAGCUCUGCCAUCUAUAACCCUGUGAUUUACAUCGUAAUGAACAAACAGUUCCGUAACUGCAUGAUCACAACCCUCUGCUGCGGCAAGAAUCCGCUGGGUGACGAGGACACGUCUGCUGGCAAGACAGAGACCUCCUCCGUCUCCACCAGCCAGGUCUCCCCCGCAUAG